AUGUUAGGACUAACUAUUUUUGUGCUUCAGGCUGAAAGUAGCUUCAGUGAAGAGGAGGAAGAAAAACUUCAAAUAGCUUUUUCAUUGGAAAAGCAGGAUCUUCAUCUAGUUCUUGAAACCAUAUCAUUCAUUUUGGAACAGGCAGUCUAUCAUAAUUUGAAGCCUGCUUCAUUGCAACAACAGCUGCAAAGCAUUCACCUGGAUCAAGACAAAGCUGAAGCAUUUGCCAGUGCGUGGGCGGCUGCAGGUCAAGAUGCGAUUGAAAAGUUCAGGCAGAGGGUUUUGACCCCUCAGAAGCUUGAAACAAUUGGAUGGCAGCUUAAUCUUCAAAUGGCAGAGUCCAUGCAAGCAAAGCUGAAGUCUCCUCGGGCUGUGCUAGAGCUGGGGGUGAGCAAUGAAGAUUCAAAGAACCUGAAUAAAGUGUUUGUAGAAUUUAGUCAUCAGGAGCUGUUUGAGUUCUAUAACAAGCUGGAAACUAUACAAGCACAGCUGGAUUCCCUUACAUGAUGUUUUCGAAGACUUAUUUCUCCAUCACACUCCUGCCACCUCAUUAUUUUGCAUUGAAGAUAGAUUGCCAAGCUGUGUUUGCUGAAGGAUUCAGUGGGUUGCUUCCUGUAAAAUUAUAUGGCUUAUCUCCUUUUUAGACAGUAACAUUAGCCAAGAGUCUUUGUUAAGAGUCUGAAGAUUCUAAUGGACUUUCUCUUGUUUUCUGAGCAAUUGUGAAGAAUGGCUUUACUUGCAGAAAAGAAAAAAAAAGAAUGCUACUCUGCUUCAGAGAUUUUUUUUUUUUUUUUUGUCCUGUUACGUGUGUUUCUUGAUUCUGGUAGAAAUUUGCAUACUAGUGAGGGACCAGGAAUAAAAUCUAUUUUUUAGGCAUAAAAGGAAUGUAAAGGUAGUAAGAAAAUACACAGCUAAUAAAACCUCUAUCCUUUUGAAUUGCUAUUCACAUGAUUGAUAAUGCUUAUUGCAAAUUUGUCAAAAUAAAUGCAGAGUUUAAAAAUCGAUUUGUUUAGUUUGGGCUAUUUUAACUUCAUUAUCUUUGUUCUUUUUUAGUAGUUUUUUUUUUUCUUCUAAAUAAUCAACAAUGUCACUGAUUUCAGUGUUUACUGUUGGCACAGAGAAUAAGUACAGCUUCUUAGCACUGCAUGCAUACCAAUGAAUCUAAGCAGUAUGGUGUAUAACUGGGGGGAGAAAUCUCAGAGUAUAUAACAAAGAACACUGAAAUAGUCUGACAGUCAGAUUUCUGAAAGCUAUUUGUUGAUCCUUCCUAAUGUUGUCCACCACCAUUUUUACAUCGAACAGGCAGAAAUAAAGUACGGUGACUUAAAGGCCAAGUUAGUCAUAUUUUCACACAUUAGUUCCAGAUGAACAGAGGUUCAUGAGCAAUAUGAGAAGGUAAAAGUCAUCUUAGUUCUUGUUUGUUGCCAUUCAUUGACAGGCAACUUCAUUGCUGCACCUUGACAAUGGGCACAGUAUACAACUCUCUACUCCGGCCUAAUAGAAGGUGAGAGGAAAUAAAAAUCUUUCGCAUUAGCUUGUCUUUCUUCCUCCUUAAGUGAUUCCCUGAACAAGGCUUUUUUCUUCCAGAUCCCUAAAGCAGGGAUGGUUUAUACCCAACGAGCCAGUUUUCUUUUGAGGUUUGUUUGCUUGUGACACUAGAUAUAAGGGUAGCCAAAAUGUAUGUUUUGAAUAGCUGGUGUUUAAGUCCUCUUGUGCCAGAUUUAUUGCUUUGUUGCUUUUGGAGGGUUGUUUUGGACUGCUUGUGUUGCUUUAUUAGGGAUUGUGCUCUCACCUCUAGAAUACUGAAGGGGUCUGCACCAGUUGUGGUGAGGUAACAGAUUUAGAAGAUAAAGUCAUUAACAGCCUACGUGUGAGUAAAGGGCACUGAAGAGAAAAACCACGUUUAUCAUAGUCCUUAACUGAAACGCCAGACGAUACUGUACCACUCUAAGGUAAGGUAACACUAUUACCCUGUUGGAAAGCAGAAAUGACUGACUGUUGCAUGGCAGAAUCUUACCCUGCACACCUUGUGAGGCUGGCUGCCAAAAUCAAGUCUUGUCUCAAGCCACUGGCAAACGUGCCUUACUGUCUGGGGAUAUAACACUCCCACCCACAGACAUCAUGUCCUCAGUCUGGCUAUUCAGCAGCCGCUUGCCGGCUCGCUCAUCUCAGGCUGCAUAGGUUGGUGUGUGUCUGCAGGUGAGCACAUCCCCACCAUUCCCUCUGCCUUGCCAGCGUUAGCAGUGCUUUGUAGUUGCGCAGCUAGGAAAAUCCCAUUCUUCUUGACACUUAGGUUCUGGUUUCUCUAGUGGUCCUGUGGGACAGUAUGUUGUGUGCUAGGACACUGCUCUUGAGUGUUUUCCCUGCGUUUCCAGAGCUUAAGUUCUGGAAGUCAGGUCUGAAGCGAGUUGAAGACUCUCCUGUGUGGAUGCAGGACAUAUUAAGGCAGUUGACUGAGUGUGAGAGAGGGGUUAAGUUAUCUUUGUGAAUAUAGGCAGAGAUUGAUGAAUCCUGGAGGAGGGGGUGAAGGCAGGACCAGUUUGGAGUGCAAGAAGCAUUGGACAAAUUAGCAGGCACAUCUGAAAAAAAGAUAAGUGAAAGACAGAGUAGGAAGAAACUGGGCGUGGGAAAAAGGAAGGAGAGGACAGAAUAAUGGGUACUCCCAAGGGUAGAAUUUGGGAGUUGGAAAACUAUAAGGAAGAGAGGAGGAACACUGGAAAAGACAGCAAAAGUAUAUAUUCAAAGAAAAUACUAGGCAAAGGGGGAAAAAAUCCUUAUAUAGUAGGGGAAUGGGAAGAAAAUUGGGGAAACAAAGUAAACCAGAGUUAACUAUGAAAACUGUGGCCAGUUGUGUAACUGUAUCUAGUAUUUUGAACUAACCCGUAAGUGUCAGCCUUGGUGCAAAUUUGGCCAAAAUCAAGUAAAAGUGUGGGAUGACAAAGAAGAGCAUUUUAAAUCUGGCUUUAAUAGGAAAUGUUUUCAAAGUGAUAAAAUGUAUGCUAAAGGAAAAAAUAGAAAAAACAAAGCCUAAGAUGGCAAGGAUUCUGUAAAAUUUAUUAAGUGUUCAUCCUUGUUUACAGAUGGAGGAAGAGAUUUAUGAUUUCUUUAGCAGUGGUUGCCUUUUCUUUUUUACUAAAUGUACUGAAUUUCUUGCUGUCAGAAGCCUUAAUAAAAGCCAUAGUACCUCAUGGUAGGAAGUACAGUUGUUAUCUUUUGUCAAGGAGCACUCAUAAACAAACAUUUAGUUUAGAAAGACUUUUCUGUAUGUGACGUGAAGCUUUGGGGUUGUACAUUAUUAGGUAGUGAUGGCAUAACUAGUACCAUCUUAAAGAAGAGCAUUGUCACUUAUUUAAGUGCUCCUGUGUAAGGAGAGAAAAUUGACUAACUGUGAAAGAGCAGAACUACUUCAGGUUUUUUUCAUUAGGUCUUGCAGAAAAGAAGGCUUUUGUUCUGGUUGCUGCUCUCUGGCCUGAGUGGACCUGGAGAGGGGAAGAUUGGUCUUCCCCUGAGAGCAGCUGCCCCUGCUUACUUUGGAUAAAGUCCUGGUGUCCCAGCAGUGUCAGGGAACGAGAGAAAAACAAGCACCAGUACGGACUGGGGGAUGCCUGAGGAGAAUGGGAGACCUGCUUGCAGCAGGGACUAGACCCACUGCCAUACCUCAGGGGCGGUGGAAAGAAAAACACUUUCCUGGGAGGAAGAAGGAAUGUAGCCUAUGCAGAACUGAAUGUACCAGGUUGGUGUGGGAGCAUAGGCAGGGAUGUGCAUGCUGAAGGUCUUCAAGCUUUUGUUUUGCAUUCUGGUAAAACAUAGUUUUGAGGAGUGAGUCUUGUGGGUAUUUUUGAGUUUUUACUGCAGGAAAGGAAAGGAAUACGUCCCAGGCUGUCUUCAGGGUCCUAGCAAAGCAUUGGUCUGUAAUAUAUCUUGGACAUGAUCCAGAACUGAAAUUACCAAGGCUUCUGAUAGUGUUGAAGGAAGAUAUUUGCAGAGAUUUACUGAGCUCUAAAACUGGAAAUUUGAAUGAGUAAGAAUUACUAAAUCUACUUUCAGAUCUUUCAGUGCAUUUUAAAAACAUUUGAUUAAUCUUUGCUCAGACACUAAAGACAGUAUUUUCUGUGACUGUACUUCUCUCAAAGCUAUAAUAUAAAAAUCUGCCUCAAACGGACCAUUGGCAAAAGAAAGAAAUCUUUUCGUUUGGGUGUAAACAAGCAUCAGUAUUGUUUUGACAUGAAGACUUGGAGUUCUGGGUCUAAAAUGAAAACCAGUGUGACAACUACCUUGAAAAUACCAGCUUACUGGUAAAGAGCAACCAUUUGUACAUCAUUUAGCAAAACCAACACUAAUAGCACAUUAAUGCAUGUUGAGUACAAAUGUGUUAGAUUAUCUUUGCCCAGUUCAGCCUUAGGCAUGUACUUCUUAUUUCUCAACAAAAUAUGAAAUGUUUGUAGGUUUCUGCAUUCUAUUUUUGUUGAAAUAAAGUAUGUAGGUAGAUAGACAAAUAUAACUUUACUAUCUCAAAUUUUGACUAAUUGCCAAACCUGCUUUGGCUCUCCAGAGGAGGCUUUCAAAGCCCCCUUUAAUUCCUGGGUUUAUUGACACAUCAAUUUUGAGUUACGACUUGCAGCUUCAUUUCCUCCAGUCUGUGAUUUUAAAGACUCUAAAGUCUUGUUCUUUCAAAGCAUGAAGAAUUUACUGAAAUGCUAAGUCUUACAUUGAUGAAAGGAAGAAAAGUGUUUAUUGUGAUAAAAUGGUAUAAGCUCCCCAUCACACUUGUUCCAUCUCAUAUUCUCUGAUUUCCAACAACAUCAGUAACAUUUCAUUGUUUGGCUAUAUUGGCAUAUCAUAUCUCCAAAGAUUAUGAAUUCACUCACAUUACAGUAAAGAAAUGACAGAGCUUAAUAAUGCCUAUUGCCCAGUGAAUAAGUAUCACAUCAUUUUAUGACCCUUGUAUAGCUUAUUUGACUAAUGAAAAUGAACAACACUGAGCCAGUGUGAGAAAGUUCCUUUUCUGUGGAUCAGCCAAACUGGCCUUCUGAAAAACAGUGAUUUCAUCUAGGUGGAUGAACUACGGUGCUGCUGUCUGAUAUGAUGUUGAUGGUGUCUCAUAAAGAUAAGCUAAUAAGAUGCUUUUAUCUGCAACUCUUGCAUAAAGUGAUUUCUAAUUUCCAUAGUAAUUAAUCAAUUUUAUUGGAUUUUCCCUUUGCCUUUGUAAUUGUGUUGAUCCGACCAAAUUAUACACUGUAAUUUUAACGGAAAUAAAGUGUUUAGAUGAUCCCUUC